GUCCGCCGAGUUUGCAUUGGCAGUUGUUGUUGCCCGUCAAGUCGUUUUCGCUUUGUGGUGGUGCGUCGGUGCUGUGAUCCUCCUAGCGUGUCGUCAGCUUCGACCGCGGCGGGGUUAGAGCUCGGAGGAUGCGAACAAGUGGCUGAGCCGUCGGCAAAAGUCUUGUGGCAGCGCGCCCGGCGACCGCCGGCGUCGGUCCGUGCCUUCAAAAUGGUCGCUGGCGACCGGACGGCGCCGUUGUUAGGAGCGGAGCCUGCUCUGGAUUUCGUCUGAUCUGCUGCGCCCGUCGCGUUCUCCUUCGGAGAAUUUUGUGUGAGCCUCUGGGGGCCGCCGGCUGCAAGUGUGUGCGUCGGCGCGAGCGACACCCUCUUGGCGUGCACGGCCGUGGAUUACGAGUGUGCGCGUGGAAAGUCGGCUUUUUAUUUGUUGCGAUCCGCGCAUCGGCUGCUAUUGACGCAUCGAUUCCGACGGCGUGAUAUUUGAACUUCCGACGGCGAGCAACCGAUGCCAACAGGACCGAGUAUGGAGCGGAUGACGCGCCAGCUGCUGAUGGAGGACGAGGCGCCUCCCUUUAGACUUUUCACGUGAGUUGUGCAGCUGAGGCUGCAGAAGCGGCUGGGCUGACAGCGACGGCCCAGUGGCCUGGCCAUGUCCCUCUGGUCGGGGGACGUCCAUGGUGGGAUCCAGUUGCCACCAAACUACAAGAUGUCGCACGACAACGAAUCCGUCAAAUCGGGCCCCAGCGAGCGGUCGCGGAGGUCCUCGUCCUCCCGGCACCACAACCACAGCAACAACAUCCAGAACCACCACCAGCAACACCACCAGCAGCGGCAGCAGCAAAAACAAGACGACGGCCCGCAGCACUCGUACCGUGCCAGCCGGAGGCACUCGCAUCGCUCCACAAGGUCAUGUCCCACGCAAGUUAAGGUUGGCGGCGACCGCAGGGAUGAGGUCAUCGAGGUGCAGAUCCUGCCGCAGGAUGACAACUGGGGCGACAACACGACAGCCAUCACCGGAAACACGAGCGAGCGUUCGAUCAGCGCCGAGGACGUGUCGAGACUCGGCCGCGAACCGGAGGGCACGCCCGGGGGCUUCUUUCGCUGUCACAUGUGGGCCGGAACCGUGCUGACAAGCAUCCUGUCCUUAGCGGCGUUCCUCUCCCCCAUAGUGAUGGUGGCACUACCACGAAUUGAGAUGCUGGAGUGGAAAGUGCAGAAGUGCGGACCGGAGUGCGACGGCCUCCUCAUCAGCUUUGCCUUCAAGCUGCUCAUCCUCGCGGUCGCCACCUGGGCCCUGUUUGUUCGGCGGCCUCGGGCGACAAUGCCGCGCAUAUUCAUCCUGAGGGCGGUGGUGCUGGCUCUGGUCUUUGUGUUCAUCUUCUCGUACUGGCUUUUCUUCUGCGUCCGCAUCUAUGAGCGACGUCACCAGGACUACGAGUUGAUGUACCUGAGCAUAGUGCAGUUUGCUUUGUCCCUGGUGGACUCGCUCCUCUUCAUUCACUACAUGGCCGUCAUCCUCGUGGAAAUACGGCAGCUGCAGCCGCAAUACUACGUGAAGAUUGUGCGGUCUCCCGACGGGCAGAGCAGGAGCUAUGCGGUCGGGCAGCUCAGCAUACAGAGGGCAGCGGUGUGGAUGCUCGAGAAGUACUAUCAGGAUUUUCCGAUUUACAACCCUUACCUGGAAACGGUUCCAAGUCGUCACCGAAAGCAACAGCAGCAGCAGCAGGCUUUCAAGGUCUACGAUGUUGAUGGCGUUGCAGAAGAAGACCAAGCUCCGCUGAACCAGACAGUUCUGCCUGGACGGCGAUCAGGUCACAAUGAUCGGUUUUACGAGGAGUAUGAGUAUGAGCGGAGGGUGCGGAAGCGCAGGGCCAGGCUUAUUUCAGCAGCCGAAGAGGCAUUUACUCACAUCAAGCGGAUGCAAGAUGAAAAUGGGCCGGCCAUUCCAAUGGACCCAACAGAGGCUGCACAGGCCAUCUUUCCAUCCAUGGCCCGUGCUCUGCAGAAAUACCUGCGCAUCACCCGCCAGCAACCCCGCCACACCAUGCAGGGGAUCCUGGAGCACCUGUCUCAGUGCCUUCACUACGACCUCAGCCCGAAGGCCUUCCUCGAAAAGUACCUCCAGUCGACUCCCGUGCUCCAGGACGACCGCGAGUUGCGCCCAGUCCAGACGUGGGCGCUCGUCUGUGACGUGCUUCUCUCGCGGCCACUCAAGCCAGGCGUCACGUUCCUCCUCAGGCAGGGCGAAGUGUCCCUGCUGGUCAGCAUUCACGCCCUGCCCCACUUCAACGUCACCGAGGAGAUUGUGGACCCGAAGUCCAACCGCUUUGUGCUUCGGCUCAACUCGGAGACCUCAGUGUGACGCCAGGUGUGACUGACGUGUCCUGGUCAGUCAGCUAAUCUGAGCGAAAAAAAAGAAAAGACUCGAGCAGACGUCAACUUGGAGACCUUGUGACGCCAGGCACGACAGACGGGCCGUGGUCAAUCGGACGCUCUGCAAGAAAGGCUUGAGCGGCAGUUUUUGCCAGCUAAGAGACGUCGGUGUGAUGCUGGUUGUGACGGACACAUGCCCUGGUCAAUCAGAGAUUUUUUGCAAGAAGGACUCUGGCACCAUUGUCCAAGGGAGGUGCGUCAGAGUGACGGUGCCGUGUGUUGGACGUGUGGGUGACCAGGCUGAAAGUGUUGCAUGCUGGUGUGACUUGUUGCUGUCCAGCCUGUGAUCUCUUUCCUAAAUUUUGUCGUCUGCUUGUCCCUAAAAUGUAUGUUUCCUGGUGAAAGUAUCGAACCAGCCCGGAUGGUUUACAACACUCUUGCAUAUCAAGCCAUCUUGGUGAACUUGUCGCAGUUUGGAAUUACACUGUCGAAUAUCAGGCCAGAAACUCAGCUGGCUCAGAACAAUUACAUGAAGUGUGCAUCAUUUUGCAAAAGAUAUAUAUAUUAGAUUUUUUUUCAUUUGUAGUUACUAUUGUCUGCUGAAGAAUGCUGUAAAAGCCACCAAUAGGGCAUAUGUGAGCGCUCCAGUUCUGUGUUUUGUUAAUAUGCCUUCCUAUUUUUUAAUUUAUGAGACGGUUGUAAAAAAGAAACACUUAAAUCAGAUAUGUGGGUUGGAUUUGGAAUUUCUUGAGCCACAGACUUUCGCAGCCAUCACUGUACUCCUAUGUACUAACAUGAUAAAUAAGGACGCUUGCAUUUAGGGGUACGUAAAUAUUUGAAACUUUCGAACAAUGAAUUUAAUAGUGUCCUAUUCGAUUCGAAGACCGAAUCGAAUAGUCACCAUUCGAAUACUUUUUGAAUAUUUCAAAACGUUAACUGCACCCAAUUACCAUAAAAUUGAAGAAAAAGUAUGGAAAAUUUUAAGCUCAGCGAACAUAGUAUAGACAUAAAACAUGAGAACUUGGAGUAAUAGAGCAGGCUACAUCGCUUAGCUAGCCAUACUUUACAGGCUGCGCAGCGAUCAUUCGCACUCUCAGAAGAGUCCUGUGCAUGCAAAGAAACUACUUGCUUUCUCCUAAGGCUCCAUUCGUGCUUUUAAUAAACAACGCUUCGGAACAUACUAUGUAAUGGCAGAAACUUGCUAACUUUAAGAAUACUAUUAUGUGAUUAUUGUUUUAUUUUAAUUGUGAUCAGCUGUUCAUUAUUCGAAGACUAUUCGAAAGGUAUUCGAUUUGAUUUGAUUGUCUUCUGACACAAUUUAAUUCGUAUUCGAUUCUGUCUGAAAAAUCGCUAUUCGCACAUCCCUACUUGCAUUAGUGGCACAUAAGUUGCAGAGAGCAAAAAAAAAAACACAACUGUGUCUGCCUAAAGCUACUUCAGUAACAAAAUUAUGUUUUAGUGCUGUUCAAACACAAACUGAUAUUGUGGACAGAGUCCUUUCCAUAGUUCUGAAAAUACAGUUGUGGAUUUCAAGUCACAUAUUUAAAGGGACCCUGAACCGCCUCUCGGGCUUGGUGAAAUAACAUAUUCCACAGGUAGCAUACGCUGCUGUGAACAUGUCAGCCAAGUUUUGCUGUCGUACGCAGUGCGUGGAGCUCGCAAGCGGAGCGCUAAGUCACCUUUCUGUCAGACGUUCUCGUUUCAACAGAAGCCAUGAUCCUCACUCUUUUCUGUGUGGUUUAUUUCGUAAUACAGCUCAUUCCAAUAUGCGGCUGCUAUUGGUCGCUGCGGUUGGCUACACCGCGGCCGCCGUGGGGUGCCCGCACGAGUCCACUGGCUAAGCACACUGCGCCUCGCUGAGGAGAACCGCGUUUGGCUUACAUUUAGCGCGUUGUAGGCACCAAAAUCGGAAGUCGUGGUGUCUACGUUAACAUUCAAAAUGAAAUUUGAACUGCGCGCCACAGUGACAUUUCGAAAGUGAAGCAUUGUGGCCCCGCCCCACUCCGCCGUAGCCUUCGCAGUGCAAGACAUUGAGGAAGGAAGGGGAGAACAGCGGAGGCCGUGUUUGAUUGCCAAUAACUCCGCUUCUGCUGAACGCAUUGAAGUACUUCUUGCAGUAAAGUAUUUCUGAAAUAGCCUUUUUUCACUUCUAAUGUCUUUCGCCACUUCGAUAAAAAGUGGUUCAGGGCCCCUUUAAUAUGUUCGUAUACCUAUUGCUCUUACAGGUUUGAUCAGCUGUCAAGGUGCAUUGUUAUUCUGGCAUGUGAUGUGCUGGCUUGCAUUAGUUGACAACAAAAAAAUGUAAUGUAAUCUUUUGCAAUGGCAUCAUUCAUCAGCUUCAGUUUUGCUGCAUUUCUUAGCAGGAUGCGUUAUGUCAUCUUCCCCCGUCAAUUGUUACAGCUGGUACAAUGACAAUCGCUUGACUGUGAGUCAUGUACCUUUUUCAAGUACAGACCAUGCAUCACAAUGUUCUGCUACUGCAAUAAGCUGUUCCACUAUGCCUCUGAACACACCUGAUGAAAUCAUAUCUCCUUUGUAUUGAACCGUAAUCUGUUUCAUGCAAAGCAGGCGGUGCUACGAAGACUAGAGAGACUUCUCUUUCCGCUCGCACUUGUGAUUCCGCGAUCAAAAAUUUGUUCGUCGUAUACAAAGGAAAGAUUUAGGUAUACGUUAUGUAGUUUGAUGUAGAAUUAAGUCUCGUACUCUUUUGUCACAAGCUAUGAUUUAGCUAUUACUUGAUAGGCAUCGCAGAUCUGAAACUAUUUACCGCCGAAUGAGCAGAGGGAUAGGUUUCUGCAACCAGUAGCCACAGUACACCACUUGCGCUCGCGACCCAAACAUAGUACGCCGCGUACUGGAAGUACGAAGGUGCACAAGUAAUUUGCAAUUUGACAUAACAUUACAUCUACAAGUUGUAAUAUAUGCAGUAGUUAUUCCAUAUAAACCAUCGCAUAUCAAAAACGACUGCACUGCGAAAUGCAUAGAGUAAGACUCCUAUGACUACACCACUUGCAUAGCUUUUGUGGCAUUGCCUGCCAAGCAUGAGGCGGAGUUUAGUUAAUACGGUUACAGUGCUAAGGAAGACGAAAAUAAAGCAUGAACUGCACUGAUCAGGCCCUGGUUGUGUCUAUGUCUUUGUCUUCCUUAGUGCUGUAAGCCUGUUUCAUAAUGCAGUAACCAGGUAGCCCAGCUUCCAGCAGAGUAUCGUAAGGUCAUCACUUCAGCUUGAUAAAUGUGUGUGAUAAAGAUAGCUCUUUGUAAUAGUAAUGAACAGAGCUUUUCAUGCCAAGUAACUGCGGGCUUUCAAGAUGCCCGCGUUUAGCCAUGUUCCCUGACACGUUUCAUGCAAACUCAAUUGAAACUUGCACUCAUGGCUUGUCAUUCUUUACACGACGUAUAAGUAGUUCUGUGUGGCAGCUUUCUUUGUGUGUUGUGCUAUUUGCCAGUGUGGAGUACAUGUGAGUGACGUGAAUGUAUAUUAUGAAAGCACACAUGUGUGUAUAUAUAUAGCCAAAGGAUUGUUUUCCUUGCCACGGAGAAACUAAGUGCUUAGAAUGCAGAAGUUAAACGUAGUGAGCUGUUGCCAACGACGCCAUCUCAGCAAAAAGCUGGCCCGUAACAUCCUGCUGUGUUUUUUUUUUUUUUUCGGUGAAUUGUUUUCAGUUCAUGCAAUGCCAAAUUGACCUCCUCAGCUGCUCCACGGCGAUGCCAUGUUUAUUUAUUUCACAUUUACAAAUUCAACAUGCAGUGGUGAUGCUGAUGUUCUUUUUUUUAUUAUUUUUUGUCUUCUUAAUGACUGUUACUGAAAUACAGAAUUAACUAAAGGCAUAGGACAACGAAAGCCACAAGAAAAUUUUUGAUUUUCCAUAUGCCCGACAAACAUUGAAAAAAAAAAUUUCUGCACAUGUCACUUCCUUUUUCAUGUUAAACAUCCAAUGAGGGAGUAAAAAGCAUAUUUCUUAAAGCCCUUUCAAGUGCACUAAAAAGGGAUUUUUGAGAUUAAUUGCCUCGGAAGUCGAAUGAUCAAUCUCUGAACCUGUGCAUCAGUUAUUAUAGCUUGUGGUAUCCACAUAUAGGUAGCAAUGCAGCUCCUAUGCCAUACUUAUGAAAAGCACCAAUAUUACGCAUCUUUAGUCCAAGGAAGAAUCAGGGAUCAAAUUGUGGGGCAUUUUAAACAUAAAACACGCUGUUAAGUAUAGCAUAUGAUUUGUAAUAUUUUUCAGCAUUGCUAAUUGUGUUUGAAAAUGGCAGCAUGAAAUGUGUACAUCAUAAGUGGGCAUCGUUUCAAUUCGUGGAAGUUGUCUUGUGUUGACCACGAAGUCAUUCAUGUUUGACUAAGGUGGAACCACUAUGUUUAGGUCACACUAUUUUCCCCAAAUACUCAGUAUGUGCCACAAUUUUAUUUUCACACUCGUUAUUUUGAACUUUUCUUCCUUUCUUUUUAAGACUCAUUGACCACAACUUUUCAGGGAUAAGUCUGCUCUGACAACAGUAGUUUUGCUGUGUCAGUGCAGUUGCCAUAUUGAUGUCUAGCACAUUUAGGCCUAAUUAAAUGCGCACACAUGAUAUCAAUCGUGCACACUUUGUAAAUCUUACUCUCAGAGUGUCACAUGAAUAAUGACUUGCAAGCGUUGGUGUACAGGCUGCCAUGUGUAAAAGUUUACGAUUCUUUUGUACUCUACAGUUUUCAGCUGUAACGAUGGCAAAAGCAAAAUGGGAUGUUACGGUAGAACAUGUAAUUGCAGGUACGUGGUGAUUUGAAGAUAGCAAUAUGUACAUAUAAUGUAGCAAGAUAUUUCCAUCCACUCCUUCAUGUGAAGGAAUAUGGUCAAUGACAACCUAAGAAUGCACUGGCAAAUUGCACUGGCACCGCUGUUCAAACCAGAAAAUUUGCAUGCCAGCCAGUUGCGUUUUCCCACUUCUGUGACAUCACGGUAAGGGGGGGGGGGGGGGCAAACUUCUUUUAAUAUUGGCAUCUAUCCGAAGCUAUGUCUAGAAGCAUGGAGGCACAUAAGGCAGGUACCGUGCAGUGUUGUGGGCGAGAAUUUGUACUGAACUUUUUAGGUUGUCACCACGUGCAGUGUUCUGUGUCAUCUCUUUGUGCUGUAACUUCAGCAUGAGCUGCGCGAGUUCAUCUUUGGCACUGUUGCAAUUGAAGCAUUGCUGCAUGAAAACUUAAAAGCAUGCUUUAGGUGAAAGUCAAUUGUGAUUUUCAUUUUCAAGGACACACAGAAUUGAAAAUUGCCUCAUUUAUGCUAUCACUGAACCAAUUUGACUGAAAUUUACUGCAUAUAAAAGAAAGUGCUACAAAUUCUGGUGGCUGUUGUUAGCAGCUUAUUUAUUUUGAUACUCAAAUGUGUUACAAAAAGUCACAAGAAUUUGUAAAUCAAAGAAAAAAAUAGAAAGCUGCAUCAUAAUAAUGUAUACCUAUUUGUGUUACAGUGGAAAUGCAUAUCACAAUUUUGUAAACAACAGAUGAUUGAGCAUUUAGAGUGGUCACAUUCAUCAUGUUAAUUUAAAAAUUGCUUUAAUUUACCUAUAUUUCUAAACUUCAACUUUGCUUAUGUGACUUUUGCUAGUAUUUUGUUAACAGAAAUGCAGCACUUUGCAUGAUCAUGUGGAGCAUCAAUUCUGUCCACUUUGGAUGCUCUAAACAGAUGUAAUUUGCAAUGUCGCAGUAUCUGCAUUUCUUGUGGCUUUCUGAAGUUGUAAACAUAAGGUUUUAUGUGCUUUUUAAGUACUUAGCAUUUAGCAUUUAGAGGGGUCAAAUUUCAAUUUGUGAUUUUUUUUUUUUUUUCAUUCCGGAAGCAUAAAUUGAAAGUCGGCUUGGAACAGUCACUAGAGUGUUGCAGGAAUUAUAUCUAUUUAAAUCAGUUCAGUGGUUUCCAAACAAGAUUGUGCAUAUCUGUGUCUCACAUGCUUUCAAAUUGGAAGGAUAAUUGAGAUGUUAAAACCUUCUCUUAAAAGACACAAGCCAUUUCUCCUGCAUAUAUGCAAACACCUCCUGUAGUGCAUUGUUCUCAUGUCCCAACCUGUUGUACUGCAUGUCUCUGGUACGAACACCUACGUGCUGCAGCCAUUUAGGUGUAGAAAGCACACUGCCUCUUGGAAAGGAUGCAAUAAAUGGAUAUGAUUAUUCUUUACA